AUGGCUGACGCCCCUCCCCCUACCCCAUCCGAGCUCCUGCGGAUGGUGACCGAGCUUCAACAAGCAAAUCAACAAAUGGCGGAGGAAAAUCGAAGAAUGCAAGAUCAAAUUGCGCAAUUAGUUAAUGCUCGGCUGGAGCACAACAAUGAUCAUCAUAACCGAGAAGAAAAUCAUGAACGUCGAUCAAUACCAACCCAUGUUUCUGAAACACCCCAACGGGAGGAAGAGGAGGCCCACCAAACAGAAGAGGCCCAACCAGAGGCUGAGGAGGAAGAGCGCAACAAUUCUGCCGGCCCGUUUACGGCCGACAUCAUGAAUUUCCAACUUCCCAGACAGUUCACCCUGCUGACAACUUUGACCCCAUACGAUGGAUUAGGAGAUCCAAAGCAGCAUAUUAAAAAAUUUCGAUCUAUUAUGAUUGUUAACGGUGCAUCUGACCCUAUUAUGUGUCGUUGUUUUCCAUCCUUUUUAGAUGGUCCUGCACUUGACUGGUUUUGCUCUUUGCCUGCAGAUUCAAUAUCGCGUUUUCAGGAAUUGGCGAAGCAAUUCGAAGAUCACUUUGCGGCCUCUGCUAUAUACCUGCACGAUUCUGACUACCUGACGACCAUCAAACAGGGCCCACAGGAGAGCCUGAAGGACUAUAUAACUUGUUUCACAAAGGUCGCCAUGAGGAUCCCCGAUCUUCAUCCUGAAGUCCAUCUCCAUGCAAUUAAGAGCGGCCUUCGUCCGGGCAAAUUUCAGGAGACAAUAGCGGUGAGCAAGCCGAAAACUUUGGCAGAAUUCCGUGAAAAUGCAAAGGGACAGAUAGACGUUGAAGAGCUUCGCCAAGCCCGCAAAACAGAAAAGUCAGUCACUGCCAAGGAUGAUGAUAAACCUCGGGAUAACAAGAAAACCUUCAAGCCCGUCCCCCGGUAUGAGUCAUACACAGUCUUCAACACAAAGAGGGAUGACAUUAUCAAAGAAAUACUUAACUCCAAAUUAAUCAAACCCCCUCGUAAACCCGACGCCUACCCAGAAUCCAAAACUGUUGAUAAAUCCAAAUUCUGUACUUUUCAUCAAAAGCACGGUCACACAACUGAUGAAUGUGUGAUCGCCAAAGACCUCCUGGAACGCCUCGCAAGACAAGGUCACCUUGAUAAGUUUAUCGCAGGAUGA